GCGAUAACUAAGGUCGCUAUCGACACAUGCAUUUAUAAACUGUUGAAUAUUACUAUAAUCAUCAUCACCAAUUGCGCUACCAUUUAUCUUCUUUUGCUCUACUUUAAAAAUACACGACUCUGUAGUUUUUCUCUAGGUCGCCAUCGAUGAUGGUUGCUGACCCUCAAUCUAUCCUAGCCAAGCUCGGCGCAUCGACACCGGAGCGACUCGUCGCUCUGAGAUGCUUGAAGAAUGAAUUAGUUGGUCAUAGUCAGAAGAAGGAAGAUUGGGUUCGAUAUGGAGUCCUUCGUCCUAUCGUUAGGAUCAUUGCUCCUGAAGCAUACGAAGCUAAUGACGAAGAUACGCGACCGUCUUUCCUAACCUUGAGCACAUUUACGGACGGAGAUGCCGCGAAGCUACAGGCCCUACAGCUUCUUGCUACUUUUGCGAAUGCUGGACCUGCUUUUCUCUCUCCGCUUCAUGCAGUUGGUGCAUUACCCGCAGUCCUGAGUAGCUCAUGUCUUCUAAAUGAGCACAACACGAUCGUCUUGGCUGCCCUCCGAGUGGUGCGAGACAUCGCUGCAGCUGCCGAAUAUGCUUCUUCAUCCUCUCCAAUUACUCCAGCUUCCCUUGCCGACUCAUUAUUUACCGACCAUAACCUAGAGCCCUUCUAUCGUAUCCUCUCCCGUAAACCCCCGAGUGUUAACAAUGACGCCCAAACACAAAUGAUCGCCUGUCUUAUCAAGAGUCUUUGUCGUGAAGAACGGCAUCAGUCAGUUUUGGUUAGCAGUGGAAUCCUCGAUGCUCUCGCUACAAAGUUAGCAAGUUUUAUUGCCUUCAACGGACAGGUGUUACCGAGGGCUGAGAUGCUUGCCCGUUCUGAAGGCUUAGAAGACUACAUACCGGCGCCUGCUAUCUCUCAUAGUAGCUUGAAUGGAGUAUUGGGUGCAAUCGCUUCGAUUAUAGGCGAGUCGCCAUACCGAGCGUGCAAACUAAUUUACUCCCCAUCGAUACUGGCUAUUCUUCCCUUGGCUGAUAUUGAUCUGACCACAAAUUCGAUGGCUGGCUUGAAGCUCAUGGAAUUACCUGGAAUCCGACCAACAAAACAUAUGACUUUCCAGCCCAUGGAUUUGCUUCUCCCCUAUAACCCACCCCAGGUCAAUAAUACCGUGAUUCCGCCAUCGAGUGUUCUACGUGAAGGUCAGGGUCACAACGGGCGCUCAGCAUCCAAAUAUCCGAAUAGUACCACUCCACGAACUCAAUCAGAGGAUAAUUCGGCUUCUAAUAACGAUUCUGAUGGCGAAGAGGCGGAAAGUCCUCUAAUACCCUUGUUGAUUUGCGCUAUUCGAUCCUGGCGGACUCGUGGCGGCGAUGUUCUUGGUGCUACAGCCAUCUUGACUUCUCUAUUUAAGGCUGGAUUGGCUUAUAAGACCAGAGAAUCCGACUUGGGUCUGCUUAUUAUACCAAUUAUUUUGAAUAUCCUCACAGAAGCUGACAUGUCGUCUAAACUCUCUGACUUGAAUGAUUGGGGUUCUAAUGUAUCCUCACGACUUCUUCCCAUCGAGGAAAUGCCGGCAAUAUUGGCUCGUCUCAUCACCGACAGCGAACUAUUGCAGAAAGCAGCGUUUGAGUGCAACGCAGUUAAGGUAUUAUGCAAGUUACUGAAGGAAAGCUGUGGACCACCGCCUUCACUUCCUAAAUCAUGGUCGUGGUCUCCACAUAGUCGGAGUCAAGAUACGACGGAUGAACUCCCCCCUGAAUGCCGUCUAGGAGAAGAGGGCCAGCAUAGGCAUCUGGUCCAUCGAAUCAACGUUAGACAAAACACUCUCAAGGCCCUCGGCGCACUGGCAACGUACAAAGACGAUUACCGAAAAGUAAUUGUUGACCAAGAAGUUAUACCAUGCAUCGUUGAAUCCUUAACCCCGGCGCCCGAUAAUCCGAUUUCGGUAGUCCUAGCGGCUUGCUACACGGUUCGUAUGUUAUCUCGCUCUGUCAAUAUCCUCCGAACAACUUUAGUCGAUCAUGGUGUAUCUGCGCCUUUGUGUCAGCUACUUCGGCACCGUGAUGUCGAGGUGCAGGUGGCGGCGUCGGCGUCGGUCUGUAAUCUAGUCAUGGACUUUAGCCCGAUGAGAGAACCCCUUAUUGAGGCGGGAGUUCUGAAGGCGUUAUGUGAGCAUGCACACUCACACCAUGCAUCCUUACGGUUGAACUCUCUAUGGGCACUUAAGCAUUUGGUUCAUUCGGCAAGCGUUGAACUCAAGAAAAGAACUGUAGAAGAGCUCGAGUCCGGAUGGCUAGUACGGCUGAUCUGCGACGAUACUGAAGACGAUGCUCUUUUUUCGGCAAAGACGAGGAGUGAGAGGGAAGCGGCUCAGGAUACGCUAGAUGAUAUGGACGAGGACAUAGAUAUGGGGCUUGCCGAGGACCAGUAUCGUACCUGGCUCUCGGCCUCUUUCUAUAAGACGCCCGCGAUUCGAGUCCCUUCUGAUGCUCAAAUAUUGCGGCGCGCUGAGGGACGACUAGAGAACCUUCGCGAGGCUGAAAUAAACCCGAUCCGCAAGGCGAGGCACGAUGACCUUGCUAUUCAAGAGCAGGGCUUAGGAUUAAUAAGGAACCUCAUAGGUGGGGCUCACUCGAGUAGUAACGCCGACUCGCCAAAUGACACGACGGAGAUGAUCGACUUUUUAUUUAGCACAUUAGGGCAAGAUCGAUUGUUUGAGAUUCUUGCCUCGAAGCUACGGGUUAAGGUCCUCCACCCAUUUAGCCAGCGGAAUGGUACGGGCACGGAAACGCGCAUUCUUCCGCCACAGACCAAGAUCAUUGAAUCAGUGAUUUACAUAUUGGUUCAUAUAGCAGCUAGUAUACCACGUCACCGGCAACUAGUUAUAUCACAAACAGAACUGCUCAAGCAGUUGGCCAAGCUGUUUAAUAAUCAGGACAGAGAGGUGCGAGUUGCUCUGUGCCACUUGAUUAACAACUUGACGUGGCAGGACAACGCCAACGAUAGUCACGGGUGUUCACAGAGGGCUUCUGAGCUUAAGAAACUAGGCUUCCUGACAAAAUUAGAGGCCUUGAAGGAAGGUGAUGAUGAACUUGACGUGCGGGAGCGAGCGAAAUCAGCCUUAUGGCAAAUGAAACCGGCUUUUUAAGCUUUUCUUUCAUGAUGAAUUGCCCUUGGGAGGAAGCACAAUAAUUCAGUGUACGAUUUUUGCGACGAAGGGAAAGAAGGCAAGGCAAGACGACUUGGUAGCGUGCGAAGACUUCAGGAUGAAUGUAUUCAUAAGCCAUGGAAGGCAUUCUUGGCGCAGUGGCGUUACAAGGAAAAGGUCUAUGUGAAAACAUACCCCUUAAACCCAUGGAAUUAUGUUUUUAAAUGCGCUUUAGAUACUAUCAACUAUGUGAUUCUGGGCUUCUACUCCAGAGAAGUCGGGCAUCUC